UUGGUUUUUCUCAAUCAAUGAUUAAUCUCCCCUCAAAAACAACAUCUUGCUUUAUUAUAAUGCUUGAAAUUAGCUGUGAGAAUCUUUUGCUCGGACUAUAAGGAGAGCUUAAUAAACACCCCUUUUUCUUUUCUUAAAGUUAAUUUAAUUACCCAAUUGAUAAAUUCUCAUCUUGUUAUCGAUUAUUUUGGGUUUUGGGAAGAAGAAAAUAUGGGAAGGCAACCUUGUUGUGAUAAGAUUGGCCUAAAACGAGGUCCAUGGACUAUUGAAGAAGAUCACAAGCUCAUGAACUUUAUUCUCAAUAAUGGUAUUCAUUGCUGGCGAAUGGUACCUAAGCUUGCAGGUUUGCUAAGAUGUGGGAAGAGUUGUAGAUUAAGAUGGAUCAAUUAUCUGAGACCUGAUCUUAAGAGAGGAGGGUUUACAGAAGUGGAAGAGAAUCAAAUCAUUCAACUACAUUCACGUCUUGGUAACAGGUGGUCUAAGAUUGCAGCCCACUUCCCUGGUCGAACAGACAACGAAAUCAAGAACCAUUGGAACACUCGAAUCAAGAAGAGACUGAAGAUACUUGGUUUGGACCCAGUAACACACCAGCCUAUUAAUCAAGAUCAGAAAAAGAUCAUAUCAGAAACAACUACUACUACUACUACAACUUCUAAUGAUGAUCAUGAUCAGGAUCAGGAUCAGGGUCAGUCUAAAGUAGAAGAAGAAACUAGCUUAGAUGACCAGGCUGCAAAAUCGAAUAAUAAUACUGAUAAUGAUGAUCGACAAAUCAGUACUAGUAGUGAUCAAGAGGAGAUUACUGCUUCUGCUGCUACUACUACUACUGAUGAAACCAAAUAUAAUGAUGUUUUGGACAAUUUCGAUGAUGAAUUAUUGGAGUUUCAAAAGCUGGAUUUUAGUACAUGGAUGGACCAAGAAAUCAACAACAGUAUUAGUGGUUCUUCGUCUUCAUACAGUACUAGUUCGUCCUUGUUGUCUUUGGAUGAAUCUAAUAAUAUUAUUAAUAAUCCUUCUUUAGUAGAAGCUGAUCAGACGUACUUGGACAAUUCAUUUUUCUCAUGGGAAGUCUUCAAUUAUCACCAUCAGCUCGACCAAGACCUUCUCUUCUUCAAAAAUUAAUUCCCAAUAAUAUUAAUAUUGAUUACAUAUAUAUAUAUAUGUAUGUAUAUGUUUUUAUGUUAAAAAUUACUUCAUGAUCAUGAUAUAUAAUUAUAUCAUUGUGAGUGUAAUAUAUGAUCGUAUAUGUUUCAUCAAAAACUUGAUCGUAUAUAUAGAUCAUAUA